AUGUCGCAGAGGUUGUUGAAGGAGUACAAGGAGGCGGCCCAGAGCAAGAUGAAGGAGAAAGACAUCAGGCUGACCUGUCAAGAGAACCUCUACAAGUGGACCGCGAUCCUCCAAGGCCCGUCUGGCACGCCGUUUGAGGGAGGAACGUUUCAUGUCCAGCUGGAUGUGCAGGAGAACUAUCCCCUCCAAGCGCCCAAAGCUCGUUUCAUCACGAGGAUCUUCCAUCCCAACAUUCACUUCAAGACCGGAGAGGUCUGCCUCGACAUCCUCAAGACAGCAUGGACUCCUGCCUGGACUCUCCAAUCUGUAUGCAGAGCCAUCGUCGCACUGCUCUCCAAUGCGGAGGCAGACAGUCCGCUCAAUUGUGAUGCCGGGAACUUGCUUCGCAACAAUGAUGUGAGGGGAUACAACUCGAUGGCGAGGAUGUACACCAAGUUGUAUGCUAGCACACCAGCUCGUGACUGA